AUGAGGCUGUGCCUGCUUCCCAUCUUGAGCCAUGCCUGGUACGGUUGGCGGGAAGAUGAAACAGGCAUCUACGCAGAGGUGCAGGUUGCAUCCGCACCGUUCAAGUCGAACUUUGCGCACCUGAAGGACGGCAAGCCAAGGAGAAUCUGGAUAGAAGUCGGGGCGCACGUCUGGGAGAAUCUGCAAUAUUCGCCGGAGUUCGGCAGAUCACAAAAUGACUUCCUCAUAUCUUUCGAGCCCCUGCUUGACAAGUAUGCCAUGCUGUUGAGUGAGUAUAAGGCAGAUGUUACUCAACGGCGGCCACUGGGAUUUCAACACCAGCGAGGUCUUGUUUUCCCUUUUGCUGUUGGCUGCGACGAGCGCUACACACCUUUCACAGUCACGACGUACGACAUGUGCAGCACAGUCUUGGGAAUGACAAGUGGCAGUGCUGGCUAUUGGCCCGAGGCAUGUUCGAACGCAGUUGACAAGCGCAUGGUCCCGUGCAUUACACUGCGACAUGUGAUUGAGUCCUGGCUUUCGGGACAAGACGUCUUCUACUUGAAGAUAGACGCUCAAGGCUUUGAUCUGAAUGUUGUGCAAUCUGCAGGUCCCAUGCUGCGGAAGGUGGAGCACAUUGAGCUCGAGGGAGCUUGUGACCGUGUUUCAGGGCUUUAUGCUUCAGCCCCCAACUGUUCCACAAUUUGGAACCAUAUGAAUCGUGCCGGAUACCUGUGCGUUUGGAUGCAUGAUAUCCGGUCACCUGAAGUGAAGCAGGCAUGUGACCGCAACUUCGGGGGAAACUUAUGCCAGUCAUGUGACAGAGAGAUGAACAUGUUUUUCACCCGUCUGCCCUAG